GAAGUGUCAAGCAGUCCGGCGAUCCUGCUCGCAAAACAGCAGUGCACUUCCACCUAAUGCUUCCCCUAGCGUGAAGCAUUUUCGGCCGUUUAGAGCAGAUAGUUUACCUCGGACCGCAUAGAAUUGAUAUUAGGGCCGUAUAUUCGUUAGUGUAACGACAGUAGAAAUGGUUUCUGUGUGUCGUUUUUGUGCCCGCUGGGCCGAAGGUGUUGUAAGGGUGGACGACAUUCUGCUCGACAAUCUGCUGCAUGCGAAAGAUGCGGUCAAGCAAAUGUUUGGCAUCGAUUUGUCAUGCGUGCCUCCCUAUCCGAGCCAAGUUUGCCCGGAAUGUGUUCAAUAUCUGCAUUCCAGUUCCGUUUUCCUUGAGCAGCUACAGAACGCCGAAAGGGUGUUCCAGGCGCUGCAGGAACGGGGCCAGCUAGUUCAACGAUUGUCGGAACGGAAGAGUGCGGGAGUUGCACUUCAUUUCGAAGACAUGGCAGAGGAGGACCCGGCUACUUUACUACCUCAGAACGGUGCCCAAGUAAACGAGGAAUCGGUCUAUGGUAAUGCAGAUGGCGAAGAAGAAGGCAGCUUUGGGCCCGCACAACCAUCGGAGCGUGUAAUCCAAAUAAGCAUUGAAGCGAUUGAGGAGUUGGAAAUUAUUAGCAGUCCACUGGAAUCGAUCCAAGUAACCAUCAAUGAUCGGUCACCAUCCACGCAGCGAAUGCAAAGUUCCGUAGAUGAGUGCGAGAACGAAAAUCAUGCUCCCGCUGUAGAACGGCAACGGUCAAAUGGUAGCGUGAGGCAAGAACGUGUAAAUGUGUCACAACGCAGACCGAUGGCGGAAGCCUGUCCACCUGGACAGAGAGCGAAUGGUACAGUUACUAGCAACAAAUGCUACGUGUGCUUCAGAGUGUACGGAACAGAGGCAGAGCUAAUGGCGCAUCUGAUAGAGCACAACGACUUGCUGCCGUACCGGUGUGAGCAGUGCAGCACCAUCGAUUGUCCGUUUGAGUUUCGUACUAACCAAGCACUGAACAAGCACCUGGAGGCCCACUGCUAUCCGUUCAAGUGUGCCGAGUGUCAGCUGCGCUUCAGGAGAAGGUCCAAAAUCAACGAACACAUACGCGCGGUACAUCUGCACAAAAAACUGUACGUUUGCAAGCGGUGUGGAAUGGAAUUCCACGAGCUGCGCAAAUUUCGUCUCCACAUGAUCGCCCAUCGGAACAUAGAAAUGGGACGCUACCAAACGGCAAACGGUACCUGCGAUCGCGAAAAGCUUGUUCAACCGCGGUCAUCCAGACCACACUUCCACUGUGAGCAGUGCAACUGUGGGUUUAAGUACCACGCCAACUAUAAGCUGCACCGGAAGCACCAUCACCAGCCAGCGCAACACUUGUUCCGAUGUACGGAGGUAUGGUGUGAUAAAUAUUACGCUACGUAUCGCGAAUGGCGGCGACACAUGAAGCUACACUUUCCGAACGGAUCGAUACCUUUCGCGUUUGAAAUAUUACCGGACUCGCUGCAAAAUCCAAACGUCUACCCGCUGGCAUGUCCGGAACCGGCCUGCCCUUACGUUGCUCCCGCACUGCCACAAAUGUGUUCCCACUAUUACGUGCAUCUGAAAUGGUUCCAGUGCCGGCGAUGCGAUAAGCUAUACUCGAAUCUAACGGGCCCGUGUGACCAUCACGAACGUGUUCGCCGGUUCAAGUGUUAACAGUGCUACAAACGCAUUCGUGAGCGAUUAAUGUUGUAUCAGGUAAUCUCUAUUUAUGCCAUUUUAGCUUUAAAAUACCCUUCGUGGUCAUCUAAUUCGUAAAGCUACGAACAGACACGAUCCACCGUUAAAGUAGCGGAAGAAAGGUAGAUCCUCUUUCCCGACUGGCUUAUGAUGUUUCUACUAGCUUAAGCAAUAGCCGAUAAGUUGCUAUGCCUGUGUAACGUAUCGAUAGCAUAUAAGUGCCUGUCGCGCAAAUCAAAGCAUAUAGGCAGUAGUUUUGUCUCUCAAAACUUAGUCAGGCACUGGAUUCGCAUUCGCAAGAUCCCACAAGAUCCACAUCCCACAUUCCGUAAGAUUUUCUACUCUAAACAUUUGGAAUUCAAAUCCCAUAUCUUAGCCGAAACUUGCUCACUUGUGGAAAUAGUUGAUAAUAACAAGAUUCGCUACGGUAUCGCUCGCCCGCCAAAUCUAUUUAUGCUCGGAAAGCAUCUCUUAUGCAUUGGUAUGCGAUGUGAACCCUUUAUGAUCGACCGUUCCCCUUUGAACCCGGUUACAGGUUGGUUGUUGGUUACGAUGGAUAAAAAGUUAAUUCCGAUACGAUAACCAGCGGUUGCGUUUUCCACCCUUGCCCCAAGCGUAGAGAUCCAUUCCAUUCGUAACGUUGCCUCCUCAGCGUAAGAAUUGAUGUGUGGUGUGAAUGGAUCAAGGAUCAAGCAAAGGACGAAGAACAGGGUUUAGCCACAUUCCUUGCGUGCUCGGGAGUUGCCCAACCAAAUUGCAAAAGCCUACGGGUUGCUGGACGACCGGUGCGCGCUGACCGUUAAGGGGUUAUAAUCUCCAUUAUACACACGAACAUUGCUCAAAACGUUUGUAAUGAAUAAAGAAUGCGCUUCGAUUAAAAUUUC